GACUUCCAAACCACCCACGUCUCACAUCCUUCUACCUUUAACCCCUCCAUAUCUGCCACUUGUCAAUCUUCCUCGCCUCAACUGAACAAGUUCUUCCAACUCCCUAAAAUUGAUCUCCUAGACACUCUUUUUCCUGUGGCUCACAUUUUUCCUCAAAAUCCUAAGUCUACUUAUCUUCUGUUUCUUUCCUCGGAUUCUAAAUCUUAGAUCUUAUGUGUUCCUGAUCAUCUUUUCUGAAGCAAAAAAAGCACAGUAAACACAAAAUGUCAGGCAAAGACAUAACUCUCCCAAAAGAAGAUGAAGUAGCUUUUAAACAACAGGAUGAUCCAUCGUCCACCAAGAACACUGCCGCUGCCACUCCUAGUAAAGCUGCAGGUUUUCUCAGCUUUCGCCAACUUAAUGCCCUGGCUGUCAUCAUUGUUUUCUCAGCCAGUGGCAUGGUAAGCCUUGAGGACUUCGCAUUUGUCAUCUUUUCUGUUAUUUACCUGUAUUUCCUCUCAAAAGUUGCCUUCCCAACUCUCCACCCUACAAGAGAACCCAGAGUUUACGACCCCAAUAACAGGGUUCUUCGCCUCUACGUUUUGGCUGCUGCUGUCAUCGGGCUUUUACUCCCCAUAGCUUACAUAUUUGAAGGCAUACUUGAGGGCGAUAAAGAGGGGAUACAAGCUGCAGCGCCGCAUGUUUUUCUUCUUUCUAGUCAAGUUUUUAUGGAAGGACUGGCCUUCUCGGACUGGUUUUCUACACCUAUACGUGUAUUUGUGCCGGUUUUCUAUAAUUCACGGAGAAUUUUCACCCUUGUGGAUUGGUUAAAGAGUGAGAUUUCUAAGGUUGAAGGUGAGUAUGGAGGAUCGGCAAGGAGACUAUAUAUUGGGAGAGCACUUGCUGUGACUAAUAUGGCCUUGUGGUGCUUCAAUCUAUUUGGCUUCUUGCUGCCUUUUUAUCUUCCCAAAGCUUUUAAGAAAUACUACUCUGCGCUCAAGGUCAAGGACUGAUACUGAUACAGCUUAAAAUAUUUAUUUUGUCCCCUUUUUAUUAAGAUUAUGGUGUAU